AUGGUCUCUUUUUGGAACCAAAAGAAGGAUGACCCCGACAGGCCUGGAUCCUCUCGGGUUCGGGACGACGUCUAUGAUAGGAAUAUACCCGCAUCAGAGCAUGAAGAGCCGACUGAGCGCUCGAGAUUGCUUCCACAAAAUAAUGAUCAAGGCUAUCUGAGUCCUGAUGAUCCAGCCGUCUCCCCCUACAAUCUAUGGAGCGUACGCGCGAUGCGAGGGCUUUCUCUUCUUGCACUAGCUGCUAGCUUCGUGUGGUGGACGUUCCUAUUAGUAUCGAUAUUCGUGAGUCCACCGCUGAUGCACUCCCGCGGAUCUGGGUUCUUCGCAUUCGCAUACAUCACCCUCACAACAGGCUACCUUGCCCUCGGUCUUCUAUUCUUCGCCGUCCCCUCGAAACCAAUGACAAUCUGCGGCAUCAUUCUCGUCAUCCUUCUCCUAAUCGAUAUGAGUAUCAUCGUCGGCGUGCCGCAGAUUCGUUUCGAAGAAGGCUGGGUCGGCAUUGCUUCUGUCGUCUGGGCGCUUGUCAUUUCCGCCUACCAGAUUCUCCAGAAUCAGGUCGUGACACGGGGUAAACGGGAGGAGGAGGAGCGAUUGACUGGUCGUGAGGAGACUCGCCGCUCUCUUCGAGAGUGGCUUGCUGUGCUUCUUGAGAUAAUUAUCCUGACGGUGAUGACUGUUGCGACGCUUUUGUUUACGGCAACGCUUAUCCUGCGUGCGAGGGAUGCUUCGCUUGAGCCUGUUGGGAAACAAUACUCUGUUCAUGGGGACACAUAUCGGGUGCAUCUCGCCUGUGUUGGGAAUCGGACCGCGGAUCCUGAUGAGCCUACCAUUCUUCUUGAGGGUGACUAUGGCCCCGUCGAACAUACAUUGCAACCUUUCAUCGACGAUGCGUAUCAAUACGGCGCUAUCAGUAGAUACUGCUACUGGGACAGACCUGGAUUCGGAUGGUCUGAUAAUGCACCCUCACCACACUCGGCAGGAAUGUCCGCAGACGUUCUUUCCGAGGCAUUAGCCCUGGCUGGCGAAUCUGGACCUUGGGUCGUGGUCUCUGCUGGUGUCGGCAGCCUCUAUUCUCGACUUUUCGCUAGCCGCCAUCUACUAGAAGUCAGCGGCAUCUUCCUCAUUGACCCGCUUCACGAGGCAUACCUCGCUGAUAUCGGUCAACCAAACCGAGGAUUUAUCCUUUGGCUACGCGGUAUUCUAUCCCCUUUGGGAUUAGAUCGUCUAGCCGGUGCUCUUUUCCGAGGACGAACUCGCGAAGACAGAGUCAUCGGAGGCUCCGCCUAUCAGACUGGAAAGUUCAUCAAGGCCAAGUUGCAGGAAAAUCUCGUGGCGGUUACGAUGACAUCGGCUGAAGUUCAGUCUGCUCGUCAUAUCCAGAUGGGCGAGACGCCUCUUAUCGUUGUAAGUUCCGGUCGUGAGAUGCGAGCAGACUCCGAGUGGGCGAAAAGACAGGAAGAUCUUUCGCAUAUUACGAACAAGUUACUAUCCUGGGAAGUUGUUCAUGAUGCUCCUCAUGAAGUGUGGACUGAUGGGGAAGGGAGGCAGGUUUUGGAAAGUCAGUUGAAGAAAAUUGUUCGGGCGAGUCGCCAACACAAGUCUUAG